AGAGAGAGAAAGAGGGAGGGAGAGAGAGCUUGUAGCAAAUACACAACCUGAAAAUGGACUGGGAAAAGAGGGAUGAAUGCAGAGAGAAGGAAAAAAUGAACUGGCAAAAGAAUGGGAGGCGUUAAGAGUGAAAGGGAGGGCGAGAGAGUGAGAGAGAGCGAGGACUGGAGAAGGAGAGAAAUAUAGACAGAGGGAGGCAAAGGGAAUGUUUAAUAUGUGAGGAGGCAUAGGGAAAAAGGUAAAACAAGUGAAGGAGGAAUAUUAGAAGAGAGAGAGACCUGGUGAAUGUGUUUGUGAGAAAGUGGAGGCAGAAAGGAGGGGCUCUCAUCUUGUUUUGGUGCAGAGGUUCACCACUGCUGAAAGGCUGCAGCGUGCAAGGAGGAGGUGAAUAUCAGAGACAGCACUUCAGUCUGGAUGAGCCACGUCGUUUUCCAGAUGUUCCCUCUGCAUUCGCACCAGAGCAGAGGCACACGCAUACGGCAGCAAUCAGCCACUUCAGGCAUGUCGUCUGGCCACAGGCAGCCCCCACAGGAGAACAGAUGCACAGCUGUCAGUGCCAAAUGCAGCUGCAACGGCGCAUGGCAACUGCAGCUCCCAACUGGUGUCUACAGAGGAAGACGAGGCGGCGGACAGAUAGACGACUGCCUCACAGCUGAAGUCGACCUGUGGCACCUGGCGCCGAACAGCGGGCAAGGGCCAAUGCGUGCUGUUCGCCAGUGGAAAAGGUAGUGGAAAUCGAUAGCUGGAGAGCAAGAGGAUGUGGUGAGCAGUAAAUUACAUGCGGAAGAGGAGGCAAACUCAGUAUGCUGUAGCCCGUUGUGAGAAUAAGCCAAUGAGCGGAGGAGAGAGUGAUGGACUGUGGAUAGACACUGAGGUCAGGACCUGGUCACUGAAGCGGAGCCUUUAGCCUGUCCUUGACUGAAGGAGCUGAAGUUACACCUAUGGCCUUCUGCUUAGGAGCUGUGUUUGUGUCUCAGCGAGCGGCACACGCCGUGCUGCAUCGCCAGCGCAGGUACAACAGUGGCAAACUCGAGGAAGUGCUUCACAAAGACAAUCUGGAACGGGAGUGUAUUGAGGAAAUCUGCUCAAUGGAGGAGGCCAGGGAGGUGUUUGAGGACGAUCAGAAAACUAUGGAGUUCUGGGCCGGCUACAUCGAUGGCGACCAGUGUAAGCCACCCCCCUGCCAGAAUGGAGCUGAGUGUGAAGAUGGACUCGGCACUUAUGUUUGCUGGUGCAAACCAGGUUUCAGUGGCAAGAACUGUGAGAUUGAGGUGACCAAGCUGUGUUCGCACAACAAUGGUGGAUGCUCUCAUUUCUGUGUGAUGCAGGGGGUGCUACCUGUUUGCCAGUGUGCGGCUGGCUACAGGCUUGGGCAAGACAAGAAGAGCUGCGAACCAACAACAUCAUUCAGCUGCGGUCAAGUGACCCUCAGCUCCUCAUCCACGACCAGGUCCAUCCUGCGGUCAUCAAACAUGACAGGAGCCUUUGAAAGAAGCUUCAAUUUCACCAGCGCUCUGUGGGAUGACUACUAUGAUGACAAUAUAACACAGAUGAUUGACGAUUACGACCUCCCUGCGAAAGAUUCGGACUCAUUCAACAUCUCGGCGGCCUCUGCAGUAGACAUACACUCAAUGAAGUCAGAUUCAAGCUCCUCUAUAAAUCCAGCCGAGGAUGCUCUGAGCAGUGUCACUGAAACGCCCACAGAGAAAAAGCAGGUGCUCUCCUGGGGUUUACCCACACUCCCCACCAUCACAGCGGAACAAAACACUGACCAGAGGAUUGUGGGAGGCAAUGAGGCCAUGCCUGGAGAGAUACCUUGGCAGGUGGUCCUGAUGUCUCACUCAGAAUCGCUUGGGAGAGCAGAGUCCUUUUGUGGAGGAUCUCUGCUCAGUGAAUUAUGGAUCAUCACUGCUGCCCACUGUCUGGUGCAGCCUGAUGGCUUUAAAGAAGGUUUCUUCAUCAGAAUCGGUGAACACGAUUUGAAUAAGGAGGAUGGUCCAGAGCGAGACCAUAUGGUGGCAGAGCGGCAUAUCCACCCCAGGUAUAAAUAUCAGAAGUCACAGUAUAACCAUGAUAUUGCACUGCUGAAGCUCACCGCUCCAGUGGAACUGUCCAACCAACGGCGUCCCAUCUGCCUGGGCCCCAAACACUUUACAGAGACCAUACUGAGGGAGUCCAGCUCCGGCUCCCUGGUGAGCGGCUGGGGACACACCAAGUUCCUGGGCCUCGGGGCCACCAAGCUUCAGAAGCUGCAUGUCCCGUACGUGGAUCGCACCAAGUGUGGGCAGAGCAGCCAGGACCGCAUCACACCCGCCAUGUUCUGCGCUGGCUUCCUAAAUGAAAAGAAGGAUUCCUGUCAGGGGGACAGCGGGGGUCCGCAUGCCACCAAUUACAAAGGCAUUUGGUUCCUGACAGGUAUCGUCAGCUGGGGGGAGGAGUGUGCCAAGGAGGGGAAGUAUGGCAUCUACACUCGAGUCUCGCGGUACUACCCAUGGAUCAGUCAGACAACAGGGAUUCAAAUUAGCCACUAACAAAUAGUCACACAAAGAACACAGCUGUCCGACAAGAAAACAACUGACCUUUUUCUGAGAAAGUGAAAGUUUUUCUUCUACUGAGACGAAGUGUUACGGUUAAUUUGGACUUUUCAACUUUCCAAUAAAAUAUAAUGAAAAUA